UCCAAAGUCCGACGUUGCUCCUAUGCUGUACAGUUGCAAGCGACACGGUGCGCCGUUCGCACGUGUUCACUCCACCAAAGCUCAUUACAUCGAAGCUCGCGAUCUUUGCACGUGUUUUUACGAGUGCUGUGAAUUCGGACCAAUGAAGAUGACAGUAAAUCGAAUAAGAGUUGUGGUGCUCGGGAGCGCGCGGUGCGGCAAAUCAGCUGUUGUCGUCCGGUAUUUGACCAAACGGUACAUCGGGGAAUACAGCUCGACUGGUGACUUUUUAUACCAACAUCGAGUCGCUUUUGAUGGUGCUACUUCUGAAGUUGAAGUUUUGGACACAUGUGGAUGUGCAAAACGUGGCUGUCUGGCGGAGCACCUGCGAUGGGGCGACGCGUUCGCUGUGGUGUACUCCAUUUGCGACCGGCGUUCGUUCCUCGCUGCAGCUGAACUAUUGGCCUUACUGGAGAGGACGCGACUGCCUGGCUGCAUGGCGGUCACACUCCUCGGGAACAAGCGGGACUUGGAACACGCCAGAGUGGUAAAAGCUGAAGAAGGUCAAGAGUUAUCAUUGCGCUUCGGGUGUCAGUUCUAUGAGGUGUCGGCGGCGGAGUCGUGCGCCGGUGCAGCGUUGGCUUUCCACGCGCUGCUGCGGGAGGCGCGUGCGUUGGCGCUGCUACUGCCCGCGCCCAGGCGGAAACUUGCUGCCUAUUCUGUUUCUAAGGUAAUUGGUUCGAUUCUCGGGUUGAGCAACAAAAGCGUUAGGAAGAAACGGCCAUCGCUCAGUAUAUGAAGUGUUUGAUAAAGAAACUCUUGGUUUUGAUCGCUCCGUGAUUGGAGUUAUUGGAGUUUUUGAAGUUGUUAUUUUUAUUCUGUGGAAGCAGAUUUGUUAUCUUUUUCGGUGCGCGGCACCCGAGAGAUUUGCCAAGUGAAGCAAUUUGGAAGGAGUUGACGAGGUUUGAUAGUUACAAAUGUUGUUAAUCUUCUUUUGUAAAAAACUGUACAUAGUCAAAAAUGUUCUUUGUAGAAUGGGAUUUCUGUCAAUUAAUGUUUUAUAGAGUUCUUAGUAUUGUUACAAACUGAGCCUUGUUUCCUUUCCUUGAUUUAGACUGACUAAAUUUAAAUUUUUUAAUAAAAUGGCUAAUCCAACUUCUUGUCAAUGUUGUUUUUUGUUAUUUUCAGCCGUGAUAAAAUUUAUCUCAGGGAUUUUUUUUAUCUUUGUGAAUUUUAGCAAUCAAGAUAACCUAUAUAGUUAAUCGUUAGUCAUGUUGGAUAACUAUUAUCCAUUUGCGGGUUCAAUUGGUGAGCAGAUAAAGCGAUUUUCAACUGAUCUUGACAAAGCAAUUAUUUUAAAUUAUUAGGUACCCUGAAGGAAUUGUUUGACGCUUAUCUAUUGUAAUUUACCUUUUUUGUGUUAUCUUUUGUGAAUAUACUCAAAAGUAAUUUUUACUCAAUUUGAUGACAAAAUAAAUUCUUGUACAUUAAAAAAAAAUUGACGAAGUGGUUAAAUGAAACUAUUUUACUUGUUUAUCGAAGCGACGAUAAAUAUUUGUGAACGAUGUUGCUCCCGAGAGAAAUUCGGGUAAAACUGUUCGGUACAGUAACUGAAACAUAACAUGAGCCUUAAUUUACAAGAAAUAAAUAUUCCUCUAUUGGGAGUGAACUAAAAUUAAAUUAGGUGAGACGAAUUCCAUGUAUUUUUAUAAUGUGACUUCGAAUAAAAGACUGUCCAUUAUUUGGAUACCUAAAUUGCCCUUAUUGUAUUAUUGUAAUACAUUUUAAAAGUAGAAUAAAGUUGCUAUAUAAGUAAUUAUAUUUUAUCUUUUAAGACGUUAUCUAUCAGUUAGUAUGUAUUGAACGAUGUAAUAAAAUACAAUAGAAUGUGAAUGACUCAUAAAAAUGUAUUCUUCAUAAAUUUAUGAUCAUAUUUAGUACUGUAUCUAUUAUUCAAAUACAGCAUAUACUAUUUAUGUAGAUUUCUUUAAUUAUUUACGUAUUUAUAACAAUAAAUCGAUAAUAUGUAUUAAGGCUAGGUUGCACCGUCAACUCUGACCUUAACUUGAACACGCCAUUUUAUUUACGUCGGUGACGCCUGCCGGUUAAAAUCAACGUCAAAUUUGAUGGUGCAACUUGCAACAAACCCAUGUUUUGUGCCAUUUGUUAUCUAUGUAUACAUUUUUUUAAUAAAAAUAAAUAAAUAUUACAGAGAAUAAAUUUCGUUU